AUGAAGUCUGAUCCUGAGGUUACUGGCAACGUGGCUUUCACAGGAGUCCAUCACAUUGUCCAGCUGAGCAGGGGCCAGCAGACGGGGCCUCCAGCUCAGGUUGCUCCUGAGCAGGUGCAGCUGGUCCCACAGUGUCCGCGUGAGCCUGGGAAGACGCAACUUAUGGAUAGUGCACCAAGGUCAAGCGUGGAGCCACCUGUUGUGGAAGGGCCACGAAGGGGAAGUGUCGCAACAAAAGGGCGCCCAGGCCGCGUCGCCAGGCGGCACAUGAAGGCAAACGCCAGCCUGGUGGCAUCCCGCCAGGAGAACCAACUUCCCUCCAACCUCCGCCACAGAUCUUUGCUAGCUGAUGCCAACUUAAAGAACCAACACAACCUAGCUCCCUCCCAAUACUCCCGAUUCUAUGUUCCGCCUGAGGCCGGUGCGGGGGUGUUCAAUGCCUCAGGCUACACCUCCUUCCAUGGCGCCGCUCCUGAGCAUUUCCCCCCGGCGUUAGUUCCAAUGAUACUAAGUGGCUCGUUUCUUCCAACCGCAAAAGCCGUGCAAGUCAUCCGUGAUCGGGAGCGUAAUGCCAAGGGCCAGCCUCCCAGCCCCUCUGGUGCACAGCAAAGUGAAGCCACCCGCCCAGCGGUUGCACAGGGCGCAGUCCCGCUCCAGAGGUCGUCUUCAGCGACAACCCCGUCUCCUCAAGCCUUGCCAGCCCAGUCAGUCCCCUCUGCAGGGCCAGAUCUCCCAGUCCCUCAGCGCCCCCCUCUCUCGUCCAGGACGCGAGAUCCUGAUGACGAAACCUGGGGCUACCACACUGUACCCCAGCGUUUACUCAGAUUGAUGAGUUUUGGGAAACAAAGGCUUCUGGAGGAGCUGCGGAUGCACCAGCUCCCAAUGGACGAUGACGACAAGGAGCAGCGGUCUAGGUACCGGUGGCAGAAGAAGGAGCCGGAAACCAGGGGCCCGCUUAGCGAGGGGAACCGGCCAAGAGGGAUCUGGGGGCUUGAGGAAGUCCAAGCCCUCAUGAUUGAGAUCCUGGGGGAUGGAGGGUUAAACCUGUUUGGUCGGGACGGCAAACUCUUGACAGAGACGAAAACCGGUCAGCAUUACAAAACGCUCCAAACGAUGUUUGGAAAGGACGGUCGGGACUUGAUCGAAACCCUGCUUAGAUCAGACUUCAGCCGAAACCAAUGGGUUGUCAAGCUGGAGGCCAGGGCGGGACGGGGCGAGCAUUUUCUGCGUGCGGACUCGGUCGCAAGGCAGCUCAUCCGAUUCAUGGAUAAGCUGCUGUACCACAUGGAGGCCAGAGAUGCGCAACCCUCCCUCGAGGCUGGAGAUUGGCGUGUGCAACUGUCGGACGUCCACAAGAGGUUCAUCCAGAGCAGACUUGGCGAGCUGAUCGAGGAGGUUGCUCCAGAGGACCGAAAGUACCCUUCAGAGGAGAUUAGGUACACGCACUUUGAUGCCUUCGUGCGGGAGCAUCGGCAGGCCCUCCCCGUAAACAUUACGGCGGCCUACUUGCGUACGUACGUGCUGACGCUCGUGGACCAGGAAUUGCCCCUGGAGGUGUGGGCCGAGCAAACCAUGCGGUGCAAAAUCGCGUUGGACAAGGCAUCGGAGCGGAAUGGCCGGCAUCUAUCGCGGAGCUGGGCGCACCCGACACCUGAGCAGCUCGCCAACAUCGUGCGGAUGUUCAAGCGGGGCCAUCCGCUGCGUCGAGAAGAUCGCCGACUCAGGUUUGCCUUGGCGGCGGCCAACGAGUUCAGCGACCACUUUGGCCUCUCCGUUGCGUCGAUAGACAAGAUCGUCGACGGGAAGGGAUCCGCAGGCUACCGGAUCUACCUUCCGAAGUACCGCGAAUUCCUGGCGCAGUACGAAGCGGACCCGGACGGGUUCUACCUGACAUUCGAGAUGGUGCAGCUAAUGGGCAACAUCCAGCUCUCCAUCCUCUUUGACAAUCUCGCAAAGGCAGAAGCCGACUUCCGGCUGUACGCCGCUUACAUAGUAGAGGUGGGGCAGUUCGUCCCAGAGCGGUACGCGAAGUACUUCAACUUCCCCACCCUCGAGGCCGCUGAAGCCGACGUCGAGAAGUACAUGGCAGCGUCAAGGAAGGUAGUAGAAGGGAAUGUCGACGACUGCAUGGGAGAGAACUCUUGGUUCGCCCGCCAGAUGAAGCACCGGCAGGGGGACAAGACGAAAACCAAGGGCCGGCAGCUUCGUGCCCACCCGCGCGGCGAAGAUUGCCAGCGCGUGGCAGGCCCGGGGCUUCAAUCGGGCGCCCUUGCGCGCAAGGCUGGGGUUCAUGAACUACUGGGUCAUGGACGGGUGAAGUCUCUGGCUUACCUGAUCCCUGGGGAGAGCGGCAGCUUCCGCGACCCUCUGGAACUAAAGUCGCUCGAGAUUCUGGGGCAAGAUACAGAUGGUAAUCUGCUCGAGGCGAGCUCGGAAGAAGAGGGGUCAGGGGGGCGGUCGGGACAGGACUCAGGCGGAGAGAGGGAAGGUGGUGAUCGGAGAGAGGGAGUGUCGCGAGUUCACCCAGCAGUGGCCAGCGGGAGAGCGGAGCCGGGGUCGCCAGUAGUCCCCCCGCUUCCAUUCAAAGGCUUGCACGGUUCCUGGGGGUCCGUCGGCAGGGUCCUGGACGACUUGACGGCAGACAGACCGCCCCCAUCUCCGCGGUACAGGCGCCGAGGCCUCACCAUAGACGGCGCUCCCCCCGUUCUCGCGAACCUCAGGUCCACCGGGGUCGGUCCAUCGAGGGACGAUGCUGAACAAGGGUGUGCUGCCGCUGGCCCCUCUCAUGCAGGCGGUGAAACUUCCGGUGCAGCGCCCCGCCCACGCGCUCGCCGCACCGCAGCCUCGGGUCUCCACGCUCGCGGGCUCACAGAAGCCACCUCCGCCCCUGCCCGUCCUCAAACGGACGUUGCUUCAGGGAGUGCCCGGCUUACUUCCGGAGAGGGGGGCAUUUCUAGGAGGGUAACAAGAUCCAAUCGGAGAAGCCUGCGCGAUCUCGCAGCAGAUGACAAGCCAGACGGCGAGGGCGCGAACAAGGAGGCGAGCCAGCAUGAGGCGGCCGCGCCUGGCAAACAGAAGGAGCCAACGCAGACAAAGAGCUCUCGGAGGAGGCAACGUACCGAGAGGCUGAACCUGUCAGACCGGGAGGACUCCGACACGGAGACUCAUGAGCGAGCAGAUCCCCGGUACCCCGGUCUGCCGGCGUUUCUUCCGCCUGGGGCCCCUCGGCGCGUCCGCAUCGGGUACCAGCAGAUGGAGAAGCUUUAG